GAUUACUUGAUUCGUCGAUUGACCUUUGCAUGGUCAGAGAACAGAGUUAUAUGAAUACUCUAAGACGCUGGGAAACUCUCAGUAUACCCUGAUACCGUUUCAGCCAUAUAAAGUCAUAUAUGCCCAUAUGCUGGCUGAAGUUGGUAAACUCUCGACUGCACUGAAAUACUGUCAAUCAGUAAUAAAAUGCCUCAAGACUGGGCGAUCACCUGAAGUGGAAAUGUGGAAACAGUUUGUUUCAUCUCUUGAAGAGAGAAUCCGUAUUCACCAACAGUGCGGGUAUACAGAGAAUUUGGCCCCGGCAAAACUUGUUGGAAAACUGCUGAACUUUUUUGAUAGUAGAGCACAGCGUGCUGUUGGGGGCAUGCCACCACCUGCACCACAUUCAACCAAAGGAAACCUACAGGGAAAUGAGUAUCAACAUCAACAGCAAGAAGCCACUAAGUUACCAUAUAGUCAAUCAGUUAAUACAAUGUCAUCAUUGAUGCCACCUGCUUCAAUGGAACCCAUACGUGAGUCGGGUGGGAAUGGAAGGAGAAUGGCAGUACAUACUAGAAGUGUAUCAGAGCCAGAUUUUGGUAGAACGCCAAUACAGGAUAUGGCUGGCUCCUCGAAAGAAAAGGCAGUUGACGGGGUGAAAAAGUUGAAAUCCUCUGGGACUGUGGCAGGUUCGCGGUUUAGUCGUAUGCUGGAAACUUUUGGGAGGGUCUUAGCUCGGCCAUCUAAAGAGGUAUACUGCUAA